GGGCGCUGGAUGCCUGUUUUCUAUCCUGUUAUCCUGAGAUUUGGUCGUCCCCGCCAACAAUGCUGGAUUUCAUGGAUUACAUCCAACUCGCCUUCGCCGAGGCGACGGAGUGGAAUCGCGACAAUUCAUACUCCUCGCUCACGGCCACUGCGCAGUCGCUCCUUGACUUCACAACCCCCGAACGUCUGCGCGUCCACCUCUCAUCCCUGUCCACCCCACAUUUCGCAACGAGCUAUACCCUCGGCACGGUAGGCUUGAUCGAUGGCUCCGUCUCGUAUCUAUACAGCACCGUGCCAUUCGACAACACUCCCAGCCGGAGUGCGCUGAUCCCUCUCCGUAAACUCGCCCCGGGAUACCGCCAAGUCCAGGCCCCCGUUGCUCCCGUCGAGAACUGGGGAUGGGACUCCAUCCUCGACGGCGCGAACGCCCACAAGCACAGCAGCAACCACAAUGCGUCUUCAUCCACCCCCCUCGCUCAAAAGGCCACCCUGCUCAAUGCCACCCUCCAUCUUCCUCCCCCGACAACCCUCAAUGCGCUCUUCCUCCGCCGCAUCUCCCCGACCAUGCAGCUCACCUUGGCCGUCUGCUCGACGCGAGGCCCGCCGCUCUCCAAAUCCGCGCCGCAGGCCUCCCUCCUGACCCAACUGUCCCACGACACCGGCAAAUACAGCAACGAGUACCUCUUCAGCACCGACAACGCGCUCUUCGGAUGGCGCGGCCUGUGGAACUUCGGUCCCGACCCCCGCUCCUCCACCCGCGACGCUGCCUCGCCGCGUCUCUCGCUCCUCUCCGCCGGCGCUGAAGCAUACUACUCCCCCGUCUCCUCGCUGAUCGGGAUGUCCACGGGGCUGCGCUUCAGCACGCUCCCAGCUGCCACGGACCUUCCGUCCUCCGUGACAUCCACAUCUCCAUCCCCAUCCACUUCUAGCCCACCCACUCCCUCUACCUCCUCUUCCCACACCCCCAGCAGCAGCAGCAGCACCAGCAACAACACCCACCCCAUCUCCACCUUCCCCUACACCCUCACCCUCACCCUAACCCCCCUCACCGGCUCCCUCUCAACCACCUACUCCCUGCGCGCCUCUCCCAACCUCGCCUUCAGCUCCCGCUUCGGCUUCAACGUCUACAGCUGGGAAAGCGAAAUGGUCGCGGGCUGCGAACUCUGGCGCCGCGGACCAACCCGCGACUCAGCCGAUGACGGACUGGAAUGGGCUCGUCGCAAAAUGCGCACCUGGGAAUCUCCCCCCGUCUCUGACUUUGACCCCAUCGCCCGGGGCCCGGGCCAUUCGCCAUCACCGUCACCAUCCCCGACCAUCUCGAACAUCCUGCCCGCAGGCGAGGACAAGAAGGAAGAAGAGGCGAACGGCUCAGUGCUGAAGAUCCGGGUCGAUCAGUCGUGGAAUGUGCGGCUGUUGUGGGAGGGCAGGGUGAAGGAGUUGUUGAAGUAG